UGUUGCGUCCUGUUUCACUCACCGCUGUAGUUUAUGUAUCAUAAUAAUGCGGAAAGCUGCAUAAACUCACUCACUGCAAGUAUGUCAUGAUGUAUUUUCCUAACUAUGAUCAAACUACAUCUAUCAAGCAUUAUUACUUUAAUCAGGUCAUUCAGCAGAAACUCCUCGGGACAGAGUAUUAAAGCACAUUAACACUGCAGAACUGGUGUUGAAGUGGUUUCAGAUGUCUGCAAACAUGAAAGUGCUACUGCUGAAAGAGCCACGAGAGAGUGAAACUGAAGCAGACCCUUAUAUCAAGGAAUUGUCCUCAUGUGGACACACAGCUGCUUUGAUCCCGGUUCUGUCUUUUAAAUUUGUGUCUCUCAGUGACCUUACAGAGCGGCUCUUUCAGCCCGAGAGGUCUGGAGGUCUGAUCUUCACCAGUCCCAGAGCCGUGGAGGCCGUCAAGACGUGUUUAGAGUCUCACAGACACAGACACAAAUGGGACGCAGUCAAAGACAAAUGGAACGAAAAGUCCAUUUAUGUGGUUGGGAAAGCGACAGCGUCUUUAGUUGCAGAUUUGGGUCUGAAUCCGCUGGGUGAAGAUACUGGAACCGCAGACGCUCUCGCUCUUCUCAUCCUACAGAGAGAAAAUCAAGAGAUUCUGCCACUUUUCUUUCCCUGCGGCUCCAUCAAACGUGAAGUUCUGCCAACCGCGCUCAGAAAGAACAAUAUUCCUCUGGAGACUCUGACCGUCUAUCAGACAGCUGAACAUCCUGAUCUGCACAAGAACAUCACUGAUUAUUUCACUCAGCAGGGCGUCCCGGCGAGCGUUGCGUUCUUCAGUCCGUCCGGAGUGACGUUCUGUUUGGAUUUGGUGAAAAGGCUCUCAGGAUCUCAGCUGGAGCAGAUAAAGUUUGCGUCAAUUGGACCGACCACGGCAGACGCGCUGCAGUCGCACGGACUGACGGUCAGCUGCUGUGCUGAGAAACCCACAGCCAAACAUCUGGCCGCUGCCAUCACACGUGCCCUCCACACGCCUGACCCCUGACUGCCAGAGUCGUGCUUUUGCAAUAGAUAUUAGAUAUAAAUAAUGAACUUUUAAAUAAGUGAUUGCAUGUGUACAGAUAUCUGUAUCUGCUUUGCAGCUGUGUAUUUCUAUGCGUCAGAUUCAUCACUGCUGCACCUGAAUCUGAUGUAGCUUCUUUUAUUUUGUGAUUUACACAGAAUUUUGUUUGUAGGAAUCUCCUGAUCUGUGUUUUAUGUUGAAUGUGAGUCACUUACAGCUUAUCACAGAUUAUCAAUGUGAACUGGUGUCUUGUGCUGUAAUAACUGAAGGACUUUUAUUUGCGUUAUAUUGAUGUAAGAUGAAAUAUAAAAUACAUUUUUUUAAUUAAU